UGAUGCGCUUCUCCUGUGAGAGGUCUGUCAUUGUAAUGCAGCAAGCUGCGAUAAUGGUCAACUUCUCCGAACUAACUGAAGAUAAACGUUAAAUCCCCUUCACAUAACGGAUCGUACUUUUAACGUCUUUUCCUGCGUUUCUUAAAAGUGAUCCACUGAUGUUUUGCUGCAAUGUCCCGCGAGAUCGAAAGCAGGACAGAGGGCUGAACUGAAGAAAUGGUGUACCCAGCCAUCAUAUGGGCUUGAAGGAGAGUACCAUAUUUUUGCAGAAGGACAGAUGACUAUUGCAUUAAACGCAUCGGAACGGUGCUGGAUCGCGUUCUUAUUUUUUAUGAGUCAACCUGCCAUUAGAUAAGCAGCACCGCGUGUCUAUAUAACACAGAUGUAACGUUGAACACUUCUAGAUAUUAUUUAUUACGAUUUACCUGCUGUGUUGUAAUUGUAAAUACUGCUGGGUCUUCUCUGGCUGUCGUUUUAGCCAAGCUCGCGAUGGGAGACUCAAUGACCCACCGCGCCGUUAUUGAGUUAACGAGAAACAGUAGGAGAGAGGGUGUUUGCAACCUCUUUCUUUCCUUUCAGACUGAACUGACAUCAUGUGGCUUGGGAACGAUAUAUGUUUGAGCUUGAUUACUUGCUAUUUCAUCUAGCAAUUUUGCGAAAUGCCUUGUUAACUGAGCCUGAGAGCGACAGCGGAACUAGUUAGGUGCAUCCUGCGCAUCUAACGUUAGCUAAUAAACUUCACACUUAGCCAUUCCUUUGUUUUGAUUCUGACUCCGUCUUGGUUUUAAGCCAAGCAGCUGUUAGAAAACUCUCAAGUGUGUUAAAUCGCCUGAUAAUUUGGCGAUGACAGGGUUUUCGGACAGACUGUCGUCUGGAUUCACGAGAGUUUGAUGAACUUGUCCCUGACAGCCUCUCCAUCACAAGCUGUUGGGUAUCACCGGACACCUGCCAAAAAAUGGAGACCGUGGGAGACUUUGAAUACAGCCGAAAAGACCUCGUCGGACACGGAGCCUUUGCGGUCGUUUUCAAGGGAAGACAUAAAAAGAAGACUGAUUGGGAGAUCGCCAUCAAGAGUAUUAACAAAAAGAAUCUCUCCAAAUCUCAGAUUCUGCUUGGCAAAGAAAUCAAAAUUUUAAAGGAACUCCAACAUGAGAACAUUGUGGCGCUCUAUGAUGUCCAGGAAACGCCAAGUUCUGUAUUUCUGGUUAUGGAGUACUGCAAUGGAGGAGACCUGGCAGACUAUUUGCAAGCCAAGGGCACUUUGCGAGAGGACACACUGAGGAUCUUUCUACAGCAGAUAGCAGCAGCCAUGCGCAUCCUCAACAGCAAGGGGAUCAUUCACAGAGACCUCAAACCUCAGAACAUCCUGCUGUCCUACACGGGCCGCAAGAAGUCCAGCAUCACCGGCAUACGCAUCAAGAUCGCUGAUUUUGGUUUUGCAAGAUAUCUCCAGAGCAACAUGAUGGCGGCCACUUUAUGUGGAUCCCCAAUGUACAUGGCUCCAGAGGUGAUCAUGUCCCAGAACUAUGAUGCCAGAGCUGACCUGUGGAGCAUUGGGACUGUCAUAUAUCAGUGCCUUGUGGGAAAGCCACCUUUCCAGGCUAACAGUCCACAGGACUUGAGGAUGUUCUAUGAGAAGAACAAGGCUUUGGUGCCAAACAUCCCGCGAGAGACGUCUCCUCAGCUGGCAGACCUGCUGCUGGGACUGCUCCAGAGGAACCAGAAGGAUCGCAUGGAUUUUGCCACUUUUUUCAGUCACCCUUUCUUGGAACCGACAUCAACUAUUAAAAAAUCAUGCCCUGUGCCAGUGCCUACAUGCUCUGGUUUGGUCACAGACAGCACGUGUGGCAGCUCUCCUUCCUGUCGUUACGUCUCUCCGCCGUCCCUGCCAGACAUGCAGACUCUCCCCGAGGAUGUGUUGUCCUCUCCACCUCUCGGUCCACCCAACUACCUGCAGCUGUCCAAAGAGUCGGGCGGCAGCACCAGCAGCAAGAACUCUUCCUGUGACACUGACGACUUUGUGCUGGUGCCCCAUCUUUCUGGAGAACAGUCCUAUGACCUUCCAAUGGGAGCAGCGGGCCGCAGGGCGUCCAGUGAAUUCCUUCUCUGUGGAGGGCCACCGCAGCCAUCCUCCGGACAGACUCCAAUGGUAUCACCACGAAGCGAGACCACUCCGAUACCUGUGCCCACACAGGUACGAAACUACCAGCGUAUCAAACAGAACCUGUCCAGCAGCCCAACCACAACACUUUAUGGCUCUCCCAGGUCAGGCACAGUGCGGCGCUCCAACACAAGCCCCAUGGGCUUCCCUAAAAUGCUGUCUGGGUCACCUAGCCCUGCAGACACAGUUCAAACGGUGGGGCGACGUCUCUCUACAGGCAGUUCCCGGCCCUACUCCCCCUCUCCACUAGUGGGCACUAUUCCUGAGCAGCUCGGCCACUGCUGCUGUGGACAUCCCCAGAGCCACGAGGCACGCAGUCGCAGCUCCUCAGGCGGUUCCCCUGUGCCAUCCUCUCAAUUACUGGGCACUCGUCUUCAGAGUGCACCCACACUGACUGACAUCUACCAGAACAAACAGAAACUACACAAGCAGCUGUCUGACCCAGUUUACCCCACCGCCUCAGCCCACCCCUGCAGCCACUCCCCUCAGCUUGGUCGCCCCGGUAACCUAGGCACCUCCCCAACCAAGCACCUUGGCUCCUCCCCUCGCACCUCUGACUGGUUAACAAAGUCACCGUUGCCCACCAUCAUUGGCUCACCUACUAAGGUAACCGCUCCAUUCAAAAUCCCUAAAACUCAAGCCUCAUGCAACCUUAUGGCCCUGGCCUCUCAACAGAGUAUAGCCGACAGUCCCGCCCCAGUCAGGACGCUGAUGGAUGGGCGUGACCUCUGUGCACAUCACUGCUCUGCGUAUCCCAGCAGCCGACAGUCUGCACCAGAAGCCAGCAAGACUCCCUUUGGCAGGUCUGUAAGUGCUGGCAGACUGUCUGAGCAGCCGGUUCGGAUCACUUUGGGAGGACAGCCGUUCCAGGGCAGCACAGACAGCCUCAACACAGAGAAACCCAUGGACACAGCCCCGGCUGUGACUUGUGGUUUGCCAGCAGGCGGGGCAAGUCCACGCACCGUUGUGUUCACUGUGGGCUCGCCCCCCAACAGCAGCACCCCACCCACCUGCAGCCAUCUCGCGUCCCGCCCGCGCACCACCUCAGUAGGCUCCAACAGCUCAGCCGGCUCGCUGUGCUCCACCAGUGGCAAGGUUUACGCGGGCUCUCCCCCGGGCAUGACCAUUGGCAGCUCCCCAACAGGAGCGGAUGCGGCUCCCAGCAGUCUCCGCUACGUCCCUUACGGCACCUCCCCGCCCAGCUUGGAUGGAUUCAUCACCUUUGAAGCUCCAGAACUGCCAGAGGAGACCCUGAUGGAGCGUGAGCACACAGACACCCUGAUGCACCUGAGGAUGAUGCUGUCCUUUACAGACUGUGUGCUGGAGAUCGCUUCUCUAUGGGCCGGAGGACCUGAUCUGGGUGCGUCCGCGGCAUCUCUCUAUCCGCCCCAGGACAGCGUGGUGGUGGAUCAGAUCAGUCAGCUCAGUAAGGAGUGGGGGCAGGUGGAGCAGCUGGUGCUGUACAUGAAAGCCGCACAGCUUCUGGCAUCCUCACUGCACCUGGCAAAAGAUCAGAUCAAAUCUGCCAAACUCAACCCAUCCUCGGCCGUCAAACAAGUGGUGAAGAGUCUGAACGAGCGCUACAAGAGCUGCAUUUCUCUGUGCCGCCGCCUCACAGUCAAACUCAACCACUUCUUCUCGGACAAGCAGCGGUUUGUGGACGAGAUCAACAGCGUAACAGCUGAGAAGCUCAUUUAUAACCAUGCUGUAGAGAUGGUGCAGUCGGCUGCACUAGAUGAGAUGUUUCAGCAGACAGAAGACAUCGCAUAUCGCUACAACAAAGCCUCCAUGCUGCUGGAAGGCCUAACCAAGAUCCUCCAGGACCCAGCUGAUAUAGAAAACGUCACCAGAUAUAAGGCAAGUGUGGACCGGAGGAUCUCAGCUUUGUGUUACUGCACCGUUACCCUGUAUGAAUAAAGAUCUGUAAAAUCUUGGCCGGUGCUCUCACUCCAGGGACCAUCAUCUUCUCAAACCACAGAGAAGACCAAACAAAUCCCUCCUUUUUUUUUUUUUUUUUUUUUGUAGCAAAGCACUUACAGUUCCUUUUGAUUGCUUUCAAUCACAAGCAACAGACCAAGUAUUAUAAUUUUUGCAGAUGACAUUUUGAGAAGGAUAUGCACAAGUUUACUACCAAAGAUGAAAACUAAACUAAACCGAGACUUUAUAGUAUGAAAAAAGAUGUUGGACCUGCGUUUGGAUCCAUCUUCUGUUUUUACAAGUCUUUCCCCCUUUUUUUGUAUACAGUAUAUGAACUGAAGGGAUUUUGGAGUGGGAAUACUUGGAGGCCCAGCAAAUUAACAUCAAUGCAAAUCAGUUCAUCUUGUUGUUUUAUACCGCACUCUAUUGCUGAUUAUUUAUUGGUUUUAGAAAGAAAUGCUAGUGUUAUUGAUGAUAGUGUUGAAAGAUGACACGGGGCAGAUGUGGAGUCCAAAGCUGAGCUCAGUUUCUGGUGCCACACACAUAAACUGUCACAUGGCUGAACUGAAAAAAAGCAAAUGCACUUUAUUGAGGCCGAUCUGGAAGACCCUUGUCCUAGAGCAUCCGGCAGAAGGUGGAGAUCAUGAGUCUUCAUCCUUCUCCAAGAUCAAUGUGUCUUUAUAUCAUUUGAGAAUGAGUGUCUGGAAGCCCUGUGAGCUUCAGGUUGGACGUUGGCGUCAAAUAAGAGCCUCGUGGUGAAUCAUCCAUAAUUGUCAAAAUACUUGAGUAGUUACUUACCUUUUGAUUCAGCCGUACCAAAACGUUUUUAUGUUCAUAUUAAUAAUGUAGCUUUUUUAACUGACGUGCGUGAGUUGUAAAUACUUGUACAUUCUGCAUGCGUGUUUUUAUUUCGGAGUGAAUGCGAGAGAGCACAGUGUGAUUGAAGAAGGUGGAAGCUGCCGCCACCAUCAACCGCCUCUCAACUCAAGAGCACAAGAUUUCCUUGUUUUUAGGGUUUUUGGUUUAUUUGUAGAGGCAAUAAACGCUGACAACUUCCACAGAUUCUUCAAGGCCUCACCGAAAGCUCAAGACCUCACUUUGCAUGGCAGCUCUUGAUGAACGCCCAUGAAUAUCAUGUGUACGAUAAUACACUGACUGUGUGCAGGAUGUGGAUGGGAUAGAGCCACUGCAAGGCUCUGCUUUUUCCUGUUCAUCCACAUGACAGUGUUUAUGUAACUGCACUUCCCAGGUAUUGCAGUAUCCAGUUUCUGGAUACUGAUGAACUGAAAGCAUAAUCUACUUUUACUUGUAUGUUUUGAACACCUCGCUCCCUCUUUCCUGCAUUCUGUCUCUUGUUUUUAUUUUUUUUUAAAUGGCCCCUGAUGAACUUGUACAGAAAGAGAAGGCUGAUGUAUUUUCUGUCGUAAAACCAAGCUUCUCUGUAGUGCUAGAAUUUCCAUAUCCAGGCCUGAGGAGAAGUGUGUACAGAUGAACUGUUAGAGAAAACUAGUACUGAGCACAUGUACCUGUGGAACAUUACAAUAUAUUUGCCCCUCGUUUAGCACCUUCCCUUUCUGAAUAAACGCUUACAACCAGCCUAUCACAGCCCCGAUACAACAUGAUCAUGCCCGAUGCAGCCUGAAGGCCCUGCUCCAUUGUUUUCCAGUGACAGAUCUUGAUGUUUUAAAUGUUUUAAUCAAUACAUCUCUUUUACCAAGGGCAUCUGUGUUGUCUGAAACUGUAGAAAAUGCAGUUUUUGUUUAUUAAAAUGAUACAUUUUAUCCUGC